AUGGGGAAAGAGAAGAUGGACCGAAUUGAUGCAAUAUUAUUUGAUGAUGAUGAUGAUAAGGAAGAAUUCAGAAAAUCAUACGAAAGAAAAGAGUCAGAAAGCUUUCAUCGGAAAAGCAAAAGGGCGUUGCCAAAACUUUUCCAGAGAGAUGGGAGAUUUUUGUUUGAUGUGCAACCAAAACAGAAAGAGGAACUUUCUGUAAAAGAGGAGAAAUUUGAAAUUAAACCAGAUAAGACGAUACGUGAAGUUCCAAUAGGGAAGGGUUUGUCAGAGGCACUCAGAUUUUUGAGAGAAAGAGGUUCACUUAAGGAGGGAGAUAUUGAAUUGGCUGGUCGAAACACGGAUAAGAAGAAAAGCAAGCUCGUUAGCGUUCGUUGUGGUGAUGAGAAAGUGGGAAAAGAGAUACACAUUAACAGGACUGAUGAAUUUGGGCGAAAUCUAACUCCAAAGGAGUCUUUUCGGUUAUUUUCACAUCAAUUUCAUGGGAAGGGGCCAGGAAAGAAGAAGCAAGAGAAACGUAUACGGCAACACCAGAAGGAACUGAAGAUGAAAAAUCCAUUACUAUCUGUUGAGAGGAUGACAAAAUCUCAGGCGCAACUUAAAACUCCACAUCUUGUUCUAAGUGGACAUAUUCAACCAGGGCUUGCUACAGCUGACAAGGGCAUGCUUGGUGAUAAGAUGGUUGGACAUUUUUCGGGCAUAAAACGCAAGUCUGAUUCAGGACAAUAUUCGCGCUGCCAUAAAUUCCGCAAUGUAUUUAUGUUGGCAAAAAGGAAAAUGGUGGCCUGCAUGAUUUCAAGUUUAUCUCUCAACCAUAUUACCUCUAAGUCAUCCCUUUAUUUGAUCUUUUUGCUUGUGAGCUAUACUAUCGGACAGAUCAUAUACUAAAAAAACAAAAAAAGA